AUGGAGCUCUUUCGUCUGCUCCUUUACGUACUAAUUCUUGGCAGUGUUCACGCUUCCUUGCCUUACCAUCUUUCCGAUACGGAAUAUAAGUGUCAGUCCUUCUUGGAUACUAUCUUCCGCGCCGGCAACCGUCUAUCCGACUACAUCGACUCCCAAGGUGAACUCAUCCCGUGGUACGGCGUCAGUAUCGGCAACGUCUAUCGUUACUUCAUUGACACCGGUCUCUUCUGA